AUGUCAAGCGGUAGUACUAUUGUUUCGCCCGACAAGUCKGAACGAACAUUCAGACAUGAGGCAGAACUACCCAAAUUACCAUUACCCAGAUUGAGUGACACGUUGCUACACUUGAAGCAAAGUUUAGAGCCACUGUACUACGCGGAUGGCUAUUAUCAACAUCCCCUAGAUCCAGAGCAAAUUGAGGAUCUGUCUUCCAUCAUCAACAAUUUUGAAAAAAAUCCAGUGAGUGAGAAGCUGCAAUCCAAAUUACAAAACUAUCACGAUUCUAGAGAUUGCUAUCUUGACGAAUUGCACCUAGACAUCAACAAUCAUACAUCUACAAGAGAAAUCCAGGACGACGUGUUGCCCAGAAACCCGUUCUUGGUCCUCGCGGACGAUGCUUUACCAAAUAUCUCUCAAGCCGACAGGUCUGCCGUCUUGGUACAUUCUGCAGCAAGAUUUGUUUCGGCUUUGAAGCAAGAUUUAUUGCCCCCAGACAUUAAUGCUACCAGCGGUAAGCCAUUGUCGAUGGCACCGUUUUUGAACUUGUUCGGUACUACUCGUAGUCCUGUCUUCCAGCACGGUGAAGUUGAAAAUUUUAAUUUGAAUAAACCUUACACUGCAUCUGACCUGGAAGACCCAGAUUAUUCAGAUGAUGAGGACAGGUUUAGUGAAGCUACUGAAAAGGAAUUGGCAGACCGGAAGCAAAAACGCAAAGAAGACAUAUUUACUGGUAAUGGUAUAACCAUUAAAAAGCACCCGGAUAGCAAACACAUAUUGAUCAUCUCCAGGGGCCAAUAUUAUACUUUGGAGGUGUUGGACUCUAUGAAUAGGAUCAUAUAUACCACGGCUGAAUUAACCACAAUUUUCCAGCAUAUUAUAAAUGAUUCAUCAGACAGUGGUAAAUCAACCGCCCUAGGCAGUUUAACUUCUCAUUCCUUUAGAAACUGGAAAUACGCAAGGAAAAGGUUGCAAAAAAGAUACCCAAACGAAUUAUAUCGCAUAGACUCUGCGUUAUUCGUUCUUGUGCUGGACGAGUCCCAGGAGGAAACUAUUAAUAGUGACGACGACGCCGCCGACAUUAGCCAGAAAUUUAAUAGGACUAUCACUGAACGAGACAAGAAAUGCACUUCUGCAAAUUGUAAAAGAGUAUAUUAUGGUACUUCUAUAAUAAACAACAAAGGCCAUCAAGUGGGCUCAUGUGUCUCUCGUUGGUACGACAAAUUACAAUUGGUUGUCACUGCAGAUGCCAAAGCCACGGUGAUUUGGGAUUCAUUCACCUGUGAUGGGUCAGUCGUGCUUAGAUUCACGUCCGAAAUUUACACGGAAUCUGUUUUGAGAUUAGCCAGAGACGUUAAUGCCGGCGAUCCGCAAUUCUCGCUAUGGCCAAACGUCACCCAAACAGAUCCUGAAACUAAGAAAUUAAUGACGGCGACUAUAAAUGCAAAUAGCGAGGGCCCAACCGAAAUUGAUCCUAAAUCAGUUGUGGAAAAAAUCGAUUGGUCCUUUAGCAACAUCCUGAAUACACAUGUACAUUUGUCAGAGACAAAACUAGCUGAUUUGAUUUCCAAAUAUGACAUUGUUCGCUCUUCUAUUCCCUUGGGUAGAAGGUCAGCCCAGAGAUUAGGCAUCAAGCCUGACUCAAUGGUGCAAGUUGCUUUACAAAUUGCCCAUUAUGCAUUAUACGGUAGAAUGGUCUUUGGAUUUGAGCCGAUAUCCACUCGUGGUUUCAAAAAUUCAAGGUCGUCAUUUAUUAAUAUUCAAAAUCAGGAACUCCUAGAACUAUGUCAGUUAUUUAUUUCUAGCUCCAUCGAUGGGACGGGGAAACUAGACAAAUUUAUUCAAACCUGUGAAACGCACCAUGAAAUGGUGAAAAAUGCCAAAUCAGGUGUCGGUUAUGAAAAGCAUUUCAAUGCUUUGAAGUAUCUUUUCAAGUUUCAUGACCAUUUUGGUAUCUCCCUAAAUGGUGAUGAAUCAUCUGUUGCAAAAGACCUUUUUGAAAACCCAUUGGUUUUGCCUUUCUCACAACCUGAAUUGAUCGUCGCCAAUUGUGGUAAUGCUGCCACUACAACAUUCGGUAUAACGCCUGCUGUACCCCAAGGAUUCGGCAUAGGUUACAUUAUCAAAGAUGAUCAAGUGGAUUUAACCGUGACAUCGCAAUUCAGACAGGGCGACAGAUUGAUGUUCAUGUUAAACUGGGUCUUAGGUGAAAUUCGUUCGUAUUGGAGGAUGUCUCGCGGUACUUCCCAUAACAAAACUGGUGUAAAGAUUAGCCCUGUGGUAGAUAAAUUGUAUGAAAUGGACAAUGCAAUCAACAACCCCUCAAAACACAAUGGCUACACGGUUUCUGGAACUCGCCAAACAUCUUCAUCAUCACAAGUAAAUUUGAACAGAUAUGGUGGAUUUUUUGAUUUGGAAAGUCACAUAGACAGUAGAAAUAUCUCCAAAUCACCAUCUUUGAAGAACUUGCAGAAAAACUUCAAUGGGUUGAUGGUGAAUGCAGAGAAUGAUCAUUCAAGCUCAGCAGUAUCCGUCCCAACAGAAAAGGAAAAAUUGAACACAGGCCAUGAAAUUUUACAAAUUCAACCACGAGAGUUGGCCAGUAACAGAUUGGAAGCAGGAGACGAGACGGAUAUUGAUGCUGGCAAUACCGAUGGCAUAUCAUCGUCUUCUUCCGCUACGUCUUUGAGUUCCAAGAAACGUAACGUCAUCAACUCGAGAUUCGACAUCGAUUUUGAUCGUAGUCGCGUGGGCAGAAAAGUCGCUACUUUGGAUCAAUAA